UCAGCAAAGUCUAACAUUCAAUACAGUGAAACCAAGUGAAGAACACUGUAGGAAAGUGAAGAACACUGUAGGGAACACAUUAAGUCUUUUGAGGAGAACUUCUUUUAAGAACGUUAUGAGUGACAACUCGGGAGCUUCUCCUGGUGGAAAACAGUCGGGCUCUAAUUUAAACGAAAAGAAUUCUUUGGCCGCAGUGCUUUCGAAACUACAGCAAAUAAAAACACAGGGAAGCUUGAGUUCUCCCUCAACUUCUAAAGGUUAUAAUGAUAAUGAAAAUGCAUCAGGAGCUAUUCCGCUGCCUGGACACCCGGUCAGUCAAAAAAUCUCAAGUUCACCAGACAAGUCUCUCUACAAGCUUACUUUUGCCGGAUCAUCUACUGAUUUUGGCCUGUAUGUGAACAUACCAAAUUCUUACAACCCUACACUUCUCCCAGAUGCACCAAUAUCGGCCAUUGCAGGCUCUAAUGACCGACUGGCAAUCAUUUGUCGUAUUUGUCGAAUGGGAUUUAGUCGAACUGAAGAACGUGAGAAGCAUCUGGGGCGAAAAUCGAUUAAAAUUUCUUGUGGUUGCUCCGAUACCUGUGCAAAAAAAGAAACCGUGUAUUUCAAUAAGUGCACCUUUUAUCUCCAUUUGAUGAGCGAGAAGGUAAAGUCGUCAAUAUCACACCCGCUCGAACUCUCAAAAGCAAAAGUAAGCAAGCUUGAACCUGAAGAUUAUCCCAUCGUUUCCCAAGAAUGGUUCCAUGCCCUUGAAAAGGGAGCGCCUUCAACCGAGUCGUUGAUUCGAGAGAAAAUCAAAAAGAUUAUGAAAGCUAAUGAGAUCUGGACCGAAAACCUGCCGAAGGACUUCUGUCCUGUGUGUGAAGCAAAAGUCUCCAGCGUCGCCGAUCAUUUGCAAGCUUUUGUUCCUUUAGAAGAGCAAAACUGUUCUUUGUGUUCUAAGACGAGCCUCAUCAAUCCAUGUGCAUUUACCAGUCACCAAUCGUUGCACGUCAACCCUUCUUGCCGGGUUUGUCCUGAGUGCGGCUUUUUUGUUGAGCGAAUUGAAGAUUUCAAUAAGCAUCUGAAGGGUUGCCAUCAUUUCAACAAGAUAUCUGGCUUCCGUUGCAUUAAUUGUCAGCUGAAUUUCACUAAAAUUUCAGUCAUGGUUGACCAUGUAGCCAAAAAGCAUUCAGAAUUCUUCCUUAAGUGCUCAAUUUGCACUUUGGCUUUCAAGAGCGAAUCUUCUGUCAUAGCGCAUUAUGCGAAUGCCCACUCUACAAAAGUAACUGCUGAUUAUGCAAAAGAGCUGCAGCAUCUAUUCAAAUGUUUGAUCUGCGAAGAGUUGACUAUUGGAGAUGAUGCAAUUAAAGAGCAUGUGAGUGCACAGCAUGUGAAUCUGUCCCGUGUCCGCAGGUUUUUCUAUUUUCGGUGUCCAUCUUGUGCGAAAGUUUAUGAGUCGAAAGCUGAACUGGUGAGUCACUUAGCAGCCUCUGACGACCCAGGACACAAUUCUUGGAAGAGUAACGAGUCCAUAUGCGAUGUUUGCCAUGAAACGUUUCCAAAACAUAUAGAUAUGGUUGCGCACAGACUAGCAAACCACGAGGAAGCUCUACAAAAAUUUACACCAGCUGUUCCAAUGCAGCAUGACUCGUUUUCGGGAAUGAGCGACAAGAACAGUUCGGGUAGCCGGGGAUCCGAGCAGCAGUCAUCGGGAGGUGGGCUUCGAAUUUUGAUCUGUCCUCACCCCAACUGCUCGACUUCUGGAAAUCAGUAUCUCCAUGCGUUCCAGUUAGAGCUGCAUACUGCAGUGAACCACGCGCCUCGGCCGUGUCAAUUUUGUGAAUCUGUAUUUCACGGUAACUCUGCUUUCGAAAAGCACCUAUUGAUUGAUCAUGGAAAAGGAAAUGUUGCAGACGCUUUCGAGUGCAUUUUCUGUCAGAGUAAGUUUGACAACAGUGUCACAAGAAAUCACCACGUAACUUUGUUCCACGGGUGGGGACAAAACGUCGGAGGUGGUGUGACGAGCAGCUCAUCUUCAGGCAGUUCAAACUUGUCAGGUAGCAACUCAGUCAGCAAGCUUGAAUGCAAAGUCUGUGCUCUUUCAUUCGAUAAAUUUUCAACAUGUAAAGACCAUUUCUCGCUGGUGCACCCGUCUGGAUUCAACUUUGUUUGUGUGAAUUGUUCUGCUCCGAGUGAAUCAGACUCUCUUGCUAGUGGACACGGGAGUUUUCUAACGUUUGACUCUUUGGCGGAAUUUAAAGAGCACCAAACGAAGGAACAUAGAUUCGAUCUACCGAAGCCGGCCAAAAUUGGGAGAUUUAUGACUACAGGUGAGGAGCAAACAACUGCUGCUUCGACUGCAUUUGCGUGUAUUAGAGGGGACUUCUCGACUACAGACAGAGCUGAGUUUGUGUGGCAUAUUCAACAACAUGCCGAUAAGGCACAGCCAUGGCAGUGUUGUGAGUGUGGGUUCAACAUGGGGCAGGAAGCGGGUCUGAAAAGUCACUUGGCAACCCAACAUAACGUGAAGAACUACGAUGAGUACAAAAAUGCAGUGAUGAAAAAACCGGGAGGCUCUGAGAAGUGUGCAAAGCAAAGUCGAACUUCGCUGACCGCAGCCAACCCACUUGUGUGCAAUGUCUGUUUCCGCAAAUUCGAUCAGUUUGUAGACUACAAAGCACACCGUGAUUCAGCACACUGAAUUGGAUUUGUCAAAAACUGCUUUUCUUUGCCAAAUAACUGACUAGUUGUCUUCAAACUUGAAAUUUUCAUCUGUUAAAUGCUUGAUCAUUCAUUUCAAUUGAUUUCGUUUUGUUUGA